AUGACAAAUAGUAAUUAUAAAUCAAAUAAUAAAACAUAUAAUGAAAAUAAUAAUGAACAAAAAACUACCAUAUUUAAUAGAACAAAUAUGAAUCCGAUAAAAAAAUGUCAUAUGAGAGAAAAAAUAAAUAAGUACUUUUUUUUGAUCAAAAUUUUGACAUGUACCAUUUUAAUAUGGGCUCUACAAUAUGCUAAUAACUGUGAUAUAAACAAAACUUGGAAAAAAGAUACAUAUGUUUAUAAGAAAUUGAAUACAGUAUUUAACAGAAGUUUAGGAGAACCUCAGGUAAAUGGUGAACUAGCUAGUGAAGAAGUAAAGGAAAAAAUUCUUGACUUAUUAGAAGAAGGAAAUACAUUAAAUGAAAGUGUAGAUGAUAAUAGUAAUUUAGAAGAAGCAGAACAUAUAAAAGAAAAUAUUUUAUUAAGUAAUAUAGAAGAAUCAAAAGAAAAUAUUGUUGACAGUUUAUUCAAUAAUAUUGAACACAAUUCAGAACAACAAGAAAGUGUGUCAGAAAAUGAACAAAUCAGUGAUGAUAUUUUUAAUGCCUUAUUAAAUAGUGCAGAUGUUAAUGGAGAAGUAGAAGAAAAAAAUUUAGAGGAAAGUCAAGUUAAUGACGAUAUUUUUAAUAAUUUAGUAAAAAGUAUCCAACAAGAACAACAACAGAGCGUUGCUGAAAGUGUAAUAGAAAGUGUAGAAGAAAAAGUCGCUGAAGAUGUUGUAGAAAAAGUAGCAGAAAGUGUUGAAGAAAGUGUAAUAGAAAAUGUUGAAGAAGCUGUAACUGAAAGUGUUGAAGAAGCUGUAGCUGAAAGUGUUGAAGAAGCUGUAGCUGAAAGUGUUGAAGAAACUGUAGCUGAAAGUGUUGAAGAAACUGUAGCUGAAAGUGUUGAAGAAGCUGUAGCUGAAAGUGUUGAAGAAACAGUAGCUGAAAAAGUUGAAGAAACAGUAGCAGAAAAAAUUGAAGAAAUAGUAGCUGAAAAAGUUGAAGAAACAGUAGCUGAAGAUAUUGUAGAAACAGUAGCUGAAGAUAUUGAAGAAACAGUAGCUGAAAGUGUUGAAGAAACAGUAGCUGAAAGUGUUGAAGAAACAGUAGCUGAAGAUAUUGUAGAAACAGUAGCUGAAAGUGUUGAAGAAACUGUAGCUGAAAAAAUUGAAGAAACUGUAGCUGAAGAUAUUGUAGAAACAGUAGCUGAAGAUAUUGUAGAAACAGUAGCUGAAAGUGUUGAAGAAACUGUAGCUGAAAAAAUUGAAGAAACUGUAGCUGAAAAAGUUGUAGAAACUGUAGCUGAAAAAGUUGCAGAAACUGUAGCUGAAAAAGUUGAAGAAACUGUAGCUGAAAAAGUUGAAGAAACAGUAGUUGAAGAUAUUACAUCAAAUUUAUCAGAUCACAUUUUAAGCAAUUUGUUAGGUGUUAUGGAAAAUGAAGAAGCAAAGGACAGUAUAUUAAAUGAUAUAGAAGAAGUAAAAGAAAAUGUAGUUUCCACAAUACUAGAUAAGGUAGAAGAAACUACAACUGAUGAUUCAACUACUUUUAGUAACAUAUUAGAGAAGAUACAAGAAAGCACUAUUUCUACUGAUAAAAUAGAGGAAAAAUUAGAAGAAGUCCACGAAAAUGUAUUAAGUGCCGCUUUAGAAAGUACUCAAAGUGAAGAGGAAAAGAAAGAAGUAAUAGAUGUAAUUGAAGAAAUAAAAGAAGAAGUAGCUUCUACGUUAUUAGAAACUGUGGAACAAACAACAGAAGAAAGCUCAAGUACAAUUACGGAAAUAGUUGAAAAUAUAGAAGAAAAUGCAAUAGCAAGUAAUGAAAAUAUUGUAGAGAAUUUAGAGAAAUUAAACGAAACUGUAUUUACUACUGUAUUAGAUAAAAUAGAGGAAACAACAGAAAUUAGCGGAGAUAGUUUAGAAAUUAAAGGAAUGGAUGAAACAUUUUUAACUGAAAUGUUAGAUAAUGUAAAAGGAAUUCAAGAAAAUAUACUAACCACUAUGUUUCAAAGUAUAGAAACGAGUAUAGUAAUUCAUUCAGAAGAAAAGGUUGAUUUAAAUGAAGAUAUGGUUAGCACCAUCUUAGAUAAUAUAGAAAUUAUGAAAGAUGAUUUAUUAAAUAAAUUCGAAAAUAUUUCAAGUACUGAAAGUGUUAAUGAAAUUGCAACUCCACCUGUAGAACAAAAUAUAUAUAUGGAUGUUGAUGUUCCUGCUAUGAAAGAUCAAUUUUUAGGAAUAUUAAAUGAGGGAGAAACAUUGAAAGAAAUGUUUUUUAAUUUGGAAGAUGUGUUUAAAAGUGAAAGUAAUGUAAUUACUGUAGAAGAAAUUAAAGAAGAACCCCUUCAAAAAGAGGUAGAAAAAGAAACUGCUAGUAUUAUUGAAGAAGUGCAAGAACAUAUUGUUGAUGUAUUAGAUGAAAAAAAAGAAGAUUUAACAGACAAGAUGAUAGAUGCAGUAGAAGAAUCCAUAGAAAUAUCCUCAGACGUUAAAGAAGAAAUUGAAUCUAUUCAAGAUAAAGAAAAAGAUGUUUUACCAGUUAUUGAAGAAGUUCAAGAACAGGUUAAAGAAGAAAGUGUUGAAAAAGUUAUAGAAUUAAAAAACAUUGAAGAGGAGUUAAUGAAAGAUGCUGUUGAAAUAAAUAAAAUUACAAGCAAAAUUGUUGAAGAAACUGAAGAGUUAAAUGAAGUAGAAGCAGAUUUAUUAAAAGAUAUGGAAAAAUUGAAAGAAUUAGAAAAAGCUUUAUCAGAAGAUACUAAAGAAAUAGUAGAUGCAAAAGAUGAUACAUUAGAAAAAGUUAUUGAAGAGGAACAUGAUGUAACAACCACAUUAGAUGAGGUUGUAGAAUUAAAAGAUGUAGAAGAAGACAAAAUCGAAAAAGUAUCUGAGUUAAAAGAUCUUGAAGAAGAUAUAUUAAAAGAAGUAAAAGAAAUCAAAGAACUUGAAAGUGAAAUUAUAGAAGAUUUUAAAGAAUUAAAAACGAUUGAAGCAGAUAUUUUAGAAGAGAAAAAAGAAUUAGAAAAAGAUCAUUUUAAAAAGUUUGAAGAAGAAGCUGUAGAAAUAAAAGAUCUUGAAUCAGAUAUAUUAAAAGAAGUAUCUUCAUUAGAAGUUGAAGAAGAAAAAAAAUUAGAAGAAGUACAAGAAAUUAAAGAAGAGAUAGAAGAUAUAAUAAGUGGUGAUGUUCAUAUAGAAGGUUUGGAAAAAGGUGAUUUAGAAGAAGUAGAUGAUUUAAAAGGAAGUAUAUUAGACAUCUUAAAGGAAGAUAUGGGAUUAGGAGAUAUGGAUAAAGAAAGUUUAGAAGAUGUAACAGCAAAACUUGGAGGAAGAGUUGAAUCCUUAAAAGAUGUUUUAACUAGUGCAUUGACCACGGGUGAAGAACAAAUGAAAGCAAGAAAAAGAGCUCAAAGACCUAAAUUAGAAGAAGUAUUAUUAAGAGAAGAAGUUAUAGAAGAACCAAAGGUUAAAGAACCUGCGAAAAAAAUAACAAAAAAGAAAGUAAGAUUUGAUAUUAAAGAUGAGGAACCAGAAGAUGAAGCUCUAGAAGUUGAAGAUUUAGAUGAAGAAAAAGAUGAAGAUAUAGAUGAAGAAAAAGAUGAAGAUAUAGAUGAAGAAAAAGAUGAAGAUAAAGAUGAAGAUAAAGAUGAAGAUAAAGAUGAAGAUAAAGAUGAAGAUAAAGAUGUAGUAGUCGAAAAAGAGAAACACAUUGAACAAGUUAAAAAGAAAAAGAAAAAGUUAGAAAAAAAAGUAGAAAAAAGUGUUAGUGGUUUUAAAAAACAUGCGGAUGAAGUAAUGAAAUAUGUUCAUAAAAUUGAUAAAGAAAUAGAUAAAGAAGUAUCUAAAGCUUUAGAACCAAAAAGUGAUGUUUCUAAUGUGUUACAACAAAAUCAAGAUUUUUUUAGUAAAGCUAAAAACUUCAUAAAAAAAUAUAAAGUAUUUACCGCACCGUUCAUAUCUGCAAUUGCUGCAUUUGCAUCUUAUGUAGUUGGGUUCUUUACAUUAUCUGUAUUUUCAUCAUGUGUAACAAUCGCUUAUUCAACUUACUUAUUGUCAAAAGUUGAUAAAACCAUAAAUAAAAAUAAACAGAGACCAUUUUAUUCAUUCGUAUUUGAUAUCUUUAAGAAUUUAAAACAUUAUUUACAACAAAUGAAAGAAAAAUUUAGUAAAGGAAAAACUGAUAAUGAAGGAGAAGUAUCAAACAAAUCUGAUAAAACCGUUAUUGUACCUGUAACAAAUAAAGCUGAAAAAACAACUAAAGUUGAUAAAAAAAAUAAGGUAUCAAAAAGAAGAAAAACCCAAAAAUCAAAAUAA